AUGAGACCAUCAAGCACGAUCCACUACCUCCGACCCCCCAAGCCAGCACCCAUCCGAUCUCCAUUCACCCGGCCAACAACCUACGCACCACCCACCUUGGGCUCGCUCAACCGGAAGGUCAAGAGACAGACCGACUUCAACCAUCUCGUCCACCAUGCCAUCCCUGCUGCUGCCAAGGGCACGUCCUCUCGUCCCGCUCCUGGAAUCAGGAAAGAGUUCUACUUCGUGCAUUUCAAGGAUCGCAUCAAGUUCUGGAACUUAACCGCUGGCGAUCGAGUCAUCAUCGCCGAUUGCAUCAAGAAAUAUAGAGGAUUGAUCGGUACAGUUUUCUGGGUCGAUAGAACUACCAAUCGGCUGGGUUUACUUGAACCCGAAUUUUGGAAAGAAGAAAAGGAAAUCGGUCAUCCUGAGCUGCCAGAAUUUGUUCGUAACGUGCCAAUUGAAUUUGAAUACAGUACGGUCAGGCUAAUGGCACCCGGAUCAAACGAAAUGUACUAUGAAGACUUGCGAGAAGUGGAUCAUGAAGCAGUGAUCAUACCGAACGGUGGCAAGCGGAGGGAAAUCCACUGGACACGAAUCGGCACCCGAUACUCGAUCCAUCAGCCCGGCAAGCAAAGCGCAGGAGAAGAGAUCAUUCCCUGGCCAGUCCAGCCGGAUUGGUCGGUCAACAUGCAAGACCCCAACAAAAGAUUGGAACACCGCGACCGACACUUCAAACUAAUGCAAGAGCAGUGGGCCCUCGAAAUACGGCGGAGAAAUGGGGAGACGAUCGAUGUCUCGACUUCGCCAGCCUCACAUGUCCACUCGAGAGAGACGCGCAAAGACCUCUUUGCAUCUCCAAGGGACACUUGGUCGAACACGCUUGAUCCAAGUCAAUACGAGGACACCGACUUAUGGCUCUCUACAUCCCCGAAGAAUCGAGAACGACUCCCGGAAUUAUUCUCGACGGCCAAGUCCUCGUCACCAGGGAUGAAUACGAAUGCGCUUCCGGAGCUGUUGGUGCCCGAUUGGGAGCUGACGGCGGGCCAACACACCCGACGGUUCAAGACGGCGAACUGGGAGAGCAAGUUGGCCGAGAAGAUCGCGGCCCAGAACGAUGCCGAGUCCCGCCGCCUCUCUCGACAUCUCAAGCUGCCCAUCGAGCGCAUCAAUCGGCUCUUGGAGAUUGCUACCUACCGCCCUUCGAUGGUCGAAGCCCCCAGAAAAUCUGCUCCCUCCAAUCUUCAGAUUCGUAGGGCCAAGAUGGAGCUCGACCGCCUGAGAACUCAAGUCCAUAACCGCGAACGUCUCGCCACCCUCGACCUUUUACCCGCCCUGGAAUCGUUCAAUAGCUCGUUGGCUCAAUCUAAAUCUUCCGAUAUCUAA